AUGCCUAGCCCCUUGUUUCACCCUGAGAUCAUGGAUCACGAUAUGGUUGUGAGUAGCCAGUCCAGCGGGGUCACCCUGUCCCGGGAAACGGAUCAGGAGUCCCGGGAAGAAGACCACCAGGAGGUGCUUCGCUUUGCCUUGGAUCAGCUGUCACUCAUGGCUCUGGAUAACAAAGUCGACUGCGGAGUCGGCUUGGACGGGACCCCGGGCACUGUGUCCGAGACUUGUAAUGGCGUGGGAGGCGGAGGUGGCGGUUAUGUCGAUUUACAGAUGCUCGACCACCAUCCCUCGAGCGGGUCCCGCGAAUCGCCGACUUCUUGCUCGCCAUCCCCGGAGUACUACGGCAGUGGGGGAUACCACAUGGCUGGCCCGCACACUACACACUCCAUGCUCGGGGAACAAAGCUCCGUGCUAUGCAGCCGCAAGAGAAGCGUUAACAUGACUGAAUGUGUACCUGUCCCGAGCUCGGAGCACGUCGCGGAAAUAGUUGGGAGACAAGGCUGUAAGAUCAAAGCACUACGUGCAAAGACUAACACGUACAUCAAGACCCCCGUUCGGGGGGAAGACCCCGUGUUCAUCGUGACGGGCCGUCGCGAAGACGUCGAGAUGGCCAAACGGGAGAUCGCCUCGGCGGCGGAACAUUUCUCCAUGAUCCGGGCCUCGCGCUGCAAAGCCGGGGCGGGCGGGUCUGGAGCGGGAGGGUGCGGCUCUCUCCCGGGACCCCCGCACCUGCCGGGACAGACCACCAUCCAGGUGCGGGUGCCGUACCGCGUGGUGGGACUGGUGGUGGGCCCGAAGGGAGCGACGAUCAAACGGAUCCAGCAGCAGACGCACACGUACAUCGUCACGCCCAGCCGGGAGAAAGACCCGGUCUUCGAGGUGACGGGGAUGCCCGAAAACGUGGACAGGGCCCGCGAGGAGAUUGAGACGCACAUCACCCUCCGCACCGGCACGUUCGUGGACCUGCAGGGCGACAACGAUUUCCACAGCAACGGCACCGACGUCAGCCUGGAGGGACUGGGGUCGCUGGGCUUGGGGGGCACGUUGUGGUCUCGCGGGGGCCACGCCGCACCCCCUCCACCUCCACCACCGCCCCCUCCGCCACUCCCCAUGUCCGUUCACCACUCCGGCCGAAAGAUGGCACCCGUGCCCUUUCACAACGGCGGGCUGAGCUCCGACACGUACUCGGCAUCGCGGCGACCCACUGAGGGCGGCAGUCCCACCAGCCCGUUCAGCGCCGGCAGUGCCGGCGCCGGCUCGGGCUUCACGUUCGGCGGGGAGCCCGCCCCGGGCCUGGCCGCGCCCGCCUCCGCCGAGGACCUUGGCUUCGAGUUCAGCGGCGCCAACAUCUGGGCGCCGUUCGUCAACGGCGGCAAACAGCAGCCGCAGCCUCCUCCUCCUCCGCCUCCUCAGCAGCAGCAGCAGCAGCUCCGUCGCAACAGCAGCGGCCUGAGCGGAGGGGCCAUCACCCCCCGCCUCUCGCCCACCCUGCCUCCUGACCCCUCGGGCCUGGAGCACCCGCUGGCGCGACGGGCGCAGAGCGACCCCCUCAGCACCCUGUCCUGGCUCCAGACGGGCGGCACCUCCUUCUCCGCCGGCAGCAGCAGCAGCAGCGGGGGCAGCACCACGGGCUACUCCUCCUGCUCCGCCUCCUCCCUCCCCGGAGGUUCGCCCACGGACUCGGAGGGCGGGGGCAGCGGGAUGGGCAUAGGCGCCGGCGUCCUGGGGCGCCUGAAGGCCGGGGGGCUGGCCGCCGUCGUGCCCGGCGCCAACCGGGACUGCUACGUGUGUCUGGAGAGCGAGGUGACGGCCGCGCUGGUGCCCUGCGGGCACAACCUCUUCUGCAUGGACUGCGCCGGAAAGAUCUGCCAGUCGCAAGAGCCGGAGUGCCCGGUGUGCCACACACCGGCCACCCAGUGCAUCCGCAUCUACUCGUAA